GUCCGGCGUGACCCCCUGAAAAUGCGGCUCAACACGGGCCCCUUUCCGUUGUUUGUGCCCGUCCCGGCUGGCUACUCGCCUGUGCCCACCAAGCAAUUCAUUGGGGAAUGGGGUCCCCUUGAUCGGCCCUGGCCACAAAGGGCUUUUGUGCGGACCUGCCAUGACCAUGACAAUCCUGUCAAUGGCGGUGACGACCGGCUGUGGCAUGAGAAUUGUCCCCAUUGCAUCCGCAUCUCCUGGGAGCAUGGGCAGUGGUACAACUCCCGGGAGCCUGAGUGGCUCGACAGGCCCGGGACUGAACCGACUUGGCCGGCAGCGAAGCCCGGGGAAGCUGCUCCUUCCCAAUGGAUCUUGGAGCCAAAGGUGGAGACGGAAGAGUGGCCG